GUCACGAAUACGUACGGACUCAGACGCACUCUCGGCACUCCGAGAACAGCGAGACAGUACAUUCGGGUCGAGCGUAAUAGAAACGUCAAACGUUUUCGAUCGUGCAUUCGAGGUCAAACCGAUUGCGAAGUAUACGUUAUAUACGAGAAAGAGCGAGAGAGCAUCGCGGAUUUCCCUGGAACCUUGACCGGAUCGUCGAUCGGUGAUUCGGCCGAGACCAACGCAGGACGGAUCCACUCUCAACUGCAGGAAUCAGUUGCUCCUUGUUUUGUGACCAGUGACAAUAUAAAGUGUGAUUGUCAUGUCACCGCACACGGGCUACACGCCGGUCAGCGGUAUGGAGUACGAGGAGCCGGUGUCGCGCACCUAUCAGUACCGCAAGGUGAUGAAGCCGAUGCUGGAGCGCAAGCGGCGCGCCCGCAUCAAUCGCUGCUUGGACGAGCUGAAGGAUCUGAUGGUGACGGCGCUGCAGGCCGAGGGCGAGAACGUGGCGAAGCUGGAGAAGGCGGACAUCCUCGAGCUGACGGUGCGUCACCUUCACACGCUACGCGCCGCCAGGAGGCUCACGCUCACGCCGGAGAACAGCUACGCCGAUCGAUUCCGCGACGGCUUCACCCAGUGCGCCCAGGAGGUGUCGACCUUCCUGUCAACGCCGGUCGCCGCGGCGGUGCAUCCUGCCGCGGGUGCACAGCUUAUGCGACACCUCGGCGGCUGCCUUCGACGACUGGAGGGUCCGGCUAGCGCCAAGCACGCGCUGCCGACGGCAGCCACGGCGGCUACGACGAAGACUACUCAAGUGCCGACGAGCCAGACGAACGUGCCGCAGAACGUGUACACUCCUCCGCAGAGUCCCGUCAGUGUUGCGAGCUCGUCCGGUGAGUCCUCGGAGUCUUCCAACGCAGUUUGGAGACCGUGGUGAUGAGAGACAGUCACGAGCGAUGACGACACUAUCCUGAGAUCUCCGGGGCGGACGUUCGAAGCGAUCGAGACGGACAAUCCAACGACGAAGGAGGGCCCUCCCGCUGAAUGGCGCCGCGAGGAGGAAAACGACGAAUCGCUGUCUUCCAAAUGAAAACUUUUGCUAAGCCUCAUUGAGGAUUGAGAAACUUUACUUCUUUACGCGGUUUACUCGAUCGCAUUGUACAUAGGUGAUUAAAGCUUUAAGUGACGUUCUGUGAUAGGGUUCCAUUUUGUACCUGAGAUGACUAUUUUCUCAUAAAGCAAUAGCGACUAUUAUAUAGAUGUUAACUUGUUAUGUUUAAGAACCUUUUUCGACGUAAUGCCGUCCGGCGUCUCUAUCGAGAUCGUCGGGCAGUAUCAUCAUCAUCAAUAAACGUCUUGUUUCAAUGAUAAA